UUUCAGAUUGUUUUGAGGAAUUUGCUUUUGUGCAGAAAAUUGACUUACAUUAUGCAUUGAAGUGUUUCACCUCUUAUGCUUUUCAACUGUUAUGAUGAAAGACACCAAACAUAGUGAUUGCAAACAUUAAGCUAACAUAAUGUUUGCAGACACUAAGCUUCAUCACCCAUCGUUCUCGAUUCCGACCAACAAAAAUGGUUUUCUGAUGUGGAAAUGGUUAGAUUUCAUUUCUCAAUAAUAAUGCUGCCAAACACUACACACUUCUAGUCUUCAUUUUCAGUAUUGGCUUCAAAUUACGUUCUGCCCAUUGUUUUAUUUAUUAUUUGUCGUAAACUGUUAUGGUGCCAAUGAAAGUAUUGCUGUAUUAGCAAAUGACGUCAGCAGAGAUGAAAAGAAGUUUCUAAUUUACGACGUCAAUUACGGGGAAGGAUUUAACCUACGUCGUGACGUUUUUAUGAGAAUAGCAAAUACAGUUAGAAUUUUGCGAGAACAUGGUCAUAAUUACGUGCUUGUAUUACCCCCAUGGGGCGGUCUUUAUCAUUGGCGAAGACAACACUUGAAAGUACCUUGGUCUAAAUUUUUCCACAUUCAGAGUAUCAAUGAAUUUGUUCCUGUGAUUGAGUUUCACAGAUUUUUAAAAGAAACGAAUUACGAUGCUAUCGAUCAAGUAUUGUAUUUGCAAGGUUAUGCAGAAGGAUGGACGGGUGGGAACUAUGAAAUUAAAUAUGAUCAACGUGACUGCAUCAGUAAUGAUCCUCAUUACAAAUUUAUUGAUGGACUUUGGAAAGGCUGGUUUUUUGCCUUUGAAAAUGUUUAUGCUCGCAAAUUCUCAUGCAUUUCAAUUCAAGGCGAUUCGGAAACACUCGCAAAUAUGAUUCAAAAAGAUCAUUAUCAUGCAAAUUCAUUGAUGAUUGAUCGCGCAGAAACGGUGCUUCAUUCACAUUUUGGUGACUAUCAUUACUGGGAAGCGAGGCGCUCCAUGCGUUACGCAAAGCACCUUCGUCUUGUUGCCGAUGAAUUUAGGCAAAAACGACUGAACUCAAAUGAUGUGAGAGAUGGAACUCUGCUUUCCGAUUCAUGGAAGACAACGAGGAAAGAACACGGUGAAGCGCAAGGAGGGGACUACAUUUGUGCACACUGGAGACGUCGUGACUUUGUGCAAUCUCAUAGUGCUGAUAUACCAUCUAUCAAUGGCACCGCCAAGCAGAUUGCUGUGAUUCUGCGAACAGAAAACCUCACCACUCUCUAUUUAUGUACCGACGCUUCAACUGCUGAAGUGACCACCCUUAUCGAUCUCUUGCCGUCCGAGGUACAAGUUGAACGAUUCCUAAACGACUCACUUUUGAAUGAUGGAGAAGUCUCUAUUGUUGACCAGUGGAUAUGCGCACAUGCUCGCUAUUUUAUCGGUACUCAUACAUCAACUUUCUCAUACCGGAUACAGGAGGAUAGAGAAAUCCUGGGCUUUGAACCAGAGAAGACUUUUAACAGAUUGUGUCCCGAUCGUGAUGACAAUUGCGAACAACCUGCCAGAUGGACGAUAGUUUAUAAAGAACUAUCCAGUCGUUACUAAUAUACGCAUAACUAGAUGAUUCUAAUUCUUUUAAUUGUAUGCGCACAAUGUGCAG